GCAAAGGUCGCGGGAGUGCUGGAGCCUAUCCCAGCUAUCAUCAGCUUAUUCCAUUUGUGUGCAGCAUAAUAGCUAAAUGCUGCUCCACUAUUUGACCUGAGUCUGUCGAUCUCAGAGCCCUACUGGGUUUAUAUGCCAUUACCAUUUCAUUCAUGUAUUCAGGACCUAAACAGUUUAGUGAUUUAUAGACCAGUAGCAGAACUUUAAAAUAUAUUCUAAAGCCGACUGGAAGCCAGUGUAAAGACUUUAGAAUUGGAGUAAUAUGCUCUGACAUCUUUGUUCUGGUCAGAAUCCGCACUGCAGCAUUCUGAAUGAGCUGCAGCUUUUUAAUGCUCUUUUUAGGGAGUCCAGUCAGAAGACCAUUACAAUAGUCAGGUCUACUUGAGAUAAAAGCAUGGAUGAGCCUCUCCUGGUCUGCUUGACACAUGCAAGCCUUCACUCUGGAUAUGUUCUCCAGAUGGUAGAAGGCAGUUUUAGUAAUUGAUUUGCUAUAACUGUUGAAAGUCAGGUCGGAAUUAGGCUUUACACGAUCAGGACUUUUGGGGCCGAUAACCGAUCAGCAAGUUUAAAAAAAACGAUAACCCAUCACCGAUCCGAUCACAAGAUGGAGCAAUGUGUCCAUUUAGAUGACUUGUUCAUUUAUUGUAUAUACUUGUGUACUGUAUACUGAGUACUGUAUCCAUCCAUUUUCUGUACCGCUUAUCCUCACUAGGGUCACGGGCGUGCUGGAGCCCAUCUCAGCUCAAAAUUAUUCUCUAGUAUUUUAGACAAAAGCUAAAAUAUCAAUGACCUCUAGGGGGCAUUCAAGGAUUGGCGAGUGACAUAAGUUUAGGUCAGAUCAACAUUACAACGUGACAGAAAUAAUGGGUGCUAACUUGCUGUAAUUAAAUUACUUUAUUGCUUUAAUAAAUACUGUUUAUUACUUUAAUAAAUGCUGUUAAUGACAUGCUUACUCUAACUUUCUCACAGUCCCGGCUAUAUGGACGGGUAUUGUCCAGAGUUUGCGUCCGUUUGGCUUUUCCUCACACACCCCCCACGCUGCGCAGCUUGAACGCGGCAUGCUCCUCCUCAUGUACAUUCUUCAGGUCCCCGAUCAAAUUUGUUGUUUAAGCAUUUAGAUGACGUUCCCCAUGACGUACUUCAGUUGUGCACAGACUGCAAAUGACUUGUUGUUUGUCUGAGACACCGCAAAAUAGUCCCACACCGACGUUUUUUUUUCACCGACAAGAUUGAAAAAAGCUUUCCUGGCCGUCAGAUAGUUACAAUACUACGCCACAAGACACGUGACAAGGCUGAAAAUAAACUAGCUUUUGGAUUUAUACGCAACGGCGACGCGGAGUUAAAUGUCUUGUGCGGAGCCGAUCGAUGACGUCAUUGAUCGGAUCGGCUAAUUAUGCCAUGAAAGCCGAUCAGCAUAAAAUGCUAAUUAUCGGCCGAUACGAAUCACACCGAUCAGAUCGGCGUAAAGUCUAGUCGGAAUCUAUCAGAACACCAAGGUUUCUGACUUCGUCUUUGGUUUUUAAAGAGAGUGACUCCAGGUAUUUACUAACAGCAAUCCUCUUUUCUUUAUUGUCAAAAACAAUGAUCUGUUUUGUUGUGGUUUAAUUGAAGAAAAUUUUAGCUCAUCCAGAUAUUUGUUUUAGACGGUGACACAACACCUCAAUCGAACUGUAGUCAUCUGGAGACACUGCUAGAUAUAACUGUGUCAUCUGCAUAGCUAUGAUAGUCAAAAUUAAAGUUUUGAAGAAUAUGACCAAAGGGUAGCAUAUACAGGGUGAACAGGAGUGGUCCUAGAACUGGCCCUUGAGGGACCUCAUAGGUCAUUGCCAUUCGAUGAGAUUGAACACUUCCAAUGGUUACAAGGUAUGUCCAACACUUCCAAUGGUUACAAGGUAUGUCCAGGUAGAACAUGAACCAUUUAAGGACUGUUCCAUUUAGCCCUACCCACGUUUCCAACAUGUUCAGUAGUAUAUUAUGAUCUACUGUAUCAAAAGCCGCACUGAGGUCCAACAAGACCAGAAUUGGCACCUUUCCUGAGUCAGUAUUCAACCUUGUAUCAUUUAGCACUUUGAUAAGAGCAGAUUCUGUACUGUGAUAAGUUCCGAACCCUGAUUGACAUUUGUCAAUUUAAGUUCAAGAAAUUGCUGAGUUGAUGAAAAAUAACUUUCUCAACAAUCUUGGCUAUGAAGGGAGAUUUGAGAUGGGUCUAUAGCUUGCUAACAUGGAAGUGUCGACGUUCUAUUUUUUAGUAGAGGCUUAAUGGCAGCUACUUUAAGAGCUUUAGGAAACUCGCCUGACUGAAGUGAGCAAUUGAUUAUUUGCUCCAAAUCAGGUAGCACAGACUUCGCAAUAGCUUUGAAAAAGUCAGAUAAUAUUGAGUCAAGACAGCUCGUUGACGGUUUCAAGCUGCUGAACCGUUUUCUCUCCAGUUUUUGGUCAACUGUAUCAAAUUCUGACAUGGUAAUCGAGUUUUUCCUGGGUGGCUUCAGAUGUAGUAUCAUUUUAUAAUUUUGUGGGGGGGGGGGUGAGCUUGUCAACCACAGCAAACAGUGCGAGUAUUAUUGAAAUUCUUACUGAUGAGUUCAGAAACGUUUUGCUGUCUAGCACUGACUAACUCUUGGUUAAAAUUACAAAUACUUUGUCUUUAGAGGUCAUAGUCAAUUUUGAGUUCAGCUUUUCGCCACUUACGUUCUGCUUUCCGACACUUUGAUUUAGAGGUCUUUACCAUCAUUGUGCUCCUCCAUGGUGUUCUUGGUCGCCUCAAGUUUGUCUUAGUUUUAAUAGGAGCGACAGCAUUCAUGACGUUUGAGAUUUUCCAGGUGAAAUUAUCCAAACGUUCAACAACUGUCUCAGCAUUCCCAGUUUGUGACAAGCAAUCUUCUUCUUUUCCUUUUGGCUUGUGCCUUUAGGGGUCGCCACAGCGCGUCAUCCUUUUCCUUGUAAGCCUAUCUCCUGCAUUCUCCUCUCGAACACCACCUGCCCUCAUGUCUUCCAUCAACCUUCCCUUUGGUCUUCCUCUAGCUCUCUUGCCUGGCAGCUCUAUCAUCAUCAUCCUUCUACCAAUAUACUCACUAUUGCUCCUCUGGACGUGUCCAAACCAUUGAAGUCUGCUCUCUCUAACUAUGUCUCCAAAACAUCGAACCUUGGCUCUCCCUCUGAUGAGCUCAUUUCUAAUUUUAUCCAACCUGGUCACUCCGAGAGCGAACCUCAACAUCUUCAUUUCCGCGACCUCCAGCUCUGCUUCCUGUUGUCUCUUCAGUGCCACUGUCUCUAAUCCGUACAUCAUGGCUGGCCUCACCACUGUUUUAUUAACUUUGCCCUUCAUCCAAGCAGAGGCUCUUCUGUCACAUAACACAGCUGACACCUUCCUCCACCUGUUGCAACCUGCUUGGACCCGUUUCUUCACUUGUAGCCUCACUCUUCCCCCACCACCCCUCUCAUUCAUGCACAUAUAUUGUUUUACUUCAGCUAAUCUUCAUUCCUAUGCUUUCCAGUGCAUGCCUCCACAUUUCUAACUGUUCCUCCACCUGCUCCCUGCUUUCACUGCAGAUCACAAUGUCAUCUGCAAACAUCAUGCUCCACGGGGAUUCCAGUCUAACCUCAUCUGUUAGCCUGUCCAUCACCACUGCAAACAGGAAGAGGCUCAGGGCUGAUCCCCGAUGCAGUCCCACCUCCACCUUAAAUUUGUCUGUCACACCUACAGCACACCUCACCACUGUUCUGCUGCCCUCGUACAUGUCCUGUGUUAUUCCAACAUAUUUCUCUGCUACUCCAGACCUCCGCAUGCAGUACCACAGUUCCUCUCUGGGUACUCUGUCAUAGGCUUUCUUUAGAUCUACAUAGACACAAUGUAGCUCAUUCUGACCUUUUCUGUAGUUUUCCAUCAACAUCCUCAAGGCAAAUAAUGCAUCUGUGGUACUCUUUCUAGGCAUGAAACCAUACUGUUGCUCGCAAAUACUCCUGUCCCGAGUCUAGCCUCCAGUACUCUUUCCCAUAACUUCAUUGUGUGGCUGAUCAACUUUAUUCCUCUAUAGUUCCCACAGCUCUGCACAUCACACUUGUUCUUAAAAAUGGGCACCAGCACACUUUUCCUCCAUUCCUCAGGCAUCUUCUCACAUGCUGGAAUUCUAUUGAACAAGCUGGUCAAAAACUCCACAGCCACCUCUCCUAGAUGCUUCCAUACCGCCACAGGACCAACUGCCUUUCCAUUUUUCAUCCUCUUGAAUGCAUUUCUAACUUCCCCCUUACUAAUCAUUGCCACUUCCUGGUCCACCACACUUGCCUCUUCUAUCUCAUUUUCCUCAUUCAUCAACUAAGUAUUCUUUCCAUCUCGCGAGCACACUACUGGCACCAGUCAACAUAUUUCCAUCUCUAUCCUUAAUCACCCUAACCUGCUGCACAUCCUUCCCAUCUCUAUCCCUCUGUCUGGGUAACAUGUAGCGAUCCUUUUCUCCUUAUUUAGUGUCCAACCUGGCAUACAUGUCAUCAUAUGCCUCUUGUUUGACCUUUGCCACCGCUACCUUUGCCCUAUGUCGCAUCUCAAUGUAUUCCUUCCGCUUCUCCUCGGUCCUCUCAGUGUCCCACUUCUUGGCUAACCUUUUUCUUUAUGUGAUUUCCUGUACUGUGAGGUUCCACCACCAAGUCUCCUCUCCUUUCCUGCCAGAAGACACACCAAGUACUCUCCUGCCUGCCUCUCUGAUCAUCUUGGCUGCAGUGGUCCAGUCUUCUGGAAGCUGCUCCUGUCCACCGAGAGCCUGUCUCACCUCUUCCCGAAAAGCUGCACAACACUAGUCCUGUCUCAGCUUCCACCACAUGGUUCUCUGCUCUGCCUUUGUCUUCCUAAUCUUCCUCCCGACCACCAAAGUCAUCUUACACAUCACCAUCCUAUGCUGUCGAGCCACACCCUCCCGUACCACUACCUUACAGUCGGUAACCUCCUUUAGAUUACAUCGACUGCACAAAAUGUAAUCCACCUGCGUGCUUCUUCCUCCGCUCUUGUAGGUCACCCUAUGUUCCUGUCUACCACCAUCUGUCCCUCGAAGUUUCUUUCCUGGAUGCUGUCCUUACCCAUCACUUCUUCAUCACCCCUAUUUCCUUCACCAACAUGUCCAUUACAAUCUGCACCAAUCAUGACUCUCUCUCUCUGUCUGGGAUGCUCAGAAGUACUUCGUCUAGCUCCUUCCAGAAUUUCUCUUUCACCUCUCGGUCACAUCCUACCUGUGGGGCAUAGCCACUAAUCUCAUUAUUCAUAACACCCUCAAUUUCAAGUUUCAGCCUCAGCACUCCAUCUGAGACUCUUUUCACCUCCAAGACAUUCUUAGCCAACUCUUCUUUUAAAAUAACCCCGACUCCAUUUCUCUUCCCAUCUACACCAUGGUAAAAUAAUUUAAACCCUGCCUCUAAACUUCUAGCCUUACUGCCUUUCCACCUGGUCUCCUGGACACACAGUAUAUCAACCUUUCUCCUAAUCAUCCUGUCAACCAACUCCUGAGAUUUUCCUGUCAUAGUCCCAACAUUCAAAGUCCCCACAUUCAAUUCUAGGGUCUGUGCUUUCCUCUUCUCUUUCUGCUUAAGAACCCGCUUUCCACCUCUCCUUCAUCUUCGACCCACAGUAGCUGAAUUUCCACCGGCGCGCCGCAGGUUGACUGCGCCGGUGGCGGACGUUGUUAACCCGGGCCACGACCGAUCCGGUAUGGAAUUCUUUGGAUGAACGCUCAUAUUUGUUUGACAAAGUUUUAAGCCGAUGCCCUUCUGACGCAACCCGGCCUGGGCCCGGCCUACAGUUUGCACUGGCUUGUGCCCCCCAUAGGGCUGCAUUUGUUUGUGACAAGCAAUGGUCUCCAUAAAUUUAGUGGCAGUACUCUCAUUUAUAUACCUUUUCUUAAUAGACAUAAAGGUUGUCUGAACCUUUGGAAGAAUCUGUAAUUCAAUGAAUACACAAAAAUGGUCAGAAAUAGCCAUAUCCUUAACGGCAAUUGAUAGACGCGUGUGCUGUAUUUGAAAUAAAGGAAGUACCGUAUGUUCAAUGUGUUUCAAUGAAUUAAACACUUUGGCUGGUGUGGAAAGGAAUGAGACAUGCCUUUAUCAUUAUCACAGGCAUUUUAUUCCCGAAAAUAUUUGUAGGUGAAGAGUUAUGUAUUUAAGUCGAAGUAAUAGCCAACGCUGAGUUAAGUUGGUUUGGGUUAUGCCACAGAUUUUGCAAUUAAAUUCAAAUCAAAAUGGUGUCACAACAGACAACCUAAACUAUUUUUCUCCCUCCCUCGCUCCCCUCCCCUCGCUCUCUCUCUCUCUCUCUCUCUCUCUCGCUCUCGGAAGUGAUUGCCCUUCAAAAUAAGAGCACAUUUUACAAUCUGGAAAAUAUCAAUACAAGACAAAAACUUAAUUGAUAGCAUAUACAAAAUCAUAAUCUAUACUAUUUCGUAUAUAACAAGGGCGAUGAGGGUCGUAAUAGCGUAAAAAUAUUUGAGCAAUAAACCAGAAUCGCUCUCUUAGUUAGACGACCUUUCCUGGCCAAGUCACCGGACAUAGUCUGGAUGGGAGUAUUCCCGCUAGCUUUACAAUAGCUAGCUUGUUGAUAAGCACGUUAAUAUAUAUACACUUCAAGAGCAAAUAUAAUUUUUUGAACGUUCAGACUCAUCUGGAAGUUGGGAGCUGAGAGGUGAAUAGAAAGCAGCAGAGGAACCACUGACGCUGUUUUGUGGAGGAUGUCUUCAACAUUACUCUUCAACCAAGACAGUGUUAUACGCUUUAAAAAAAGGAAAGCCCGUUUCACUUUCAGUGAGGUCCACAUACUUUUGGAUGAAGUGAGGAAACAUCGCGCUGUGGUCGUGGGUAAAUUCAACCGCGGUGUGGGAACGGACGUUAAGAAGCGCACAUGGGCUGAAAUUGCAGCCCGAGUCAAUGAGAUUGGCGAGUGCCAGCGAGAGGUCAUUGAGGUCGUUAAGAAAUGGUCAGACCUGAAGUGUGACACCAAGCGGAAAGUUGCUGCCAUGCGGUCGGGCAAGGUGCCAAACCGGGGCAUCAACUCGCGUCUUUCUAAAGACCUUAACCAAACAGAGAAAGUAGUGCUCCAGAUUCUGGAGAUGGAUCAGGGAGACCAGAUCAACAGUGACUUAGGCCCCCUUUGCGAUGAUGACUAUGGUGAAGAAAUGGAUGAGGACGACAUGGUUGGAAUGCAGAGUUCACCAAACGGUGCUGACGAGUUGUCUAUGCCUCCACCGAUGUCCUACUCUUCAAGUGGAUUUGCCCAGUCAGGGGACUCAUCACAGACUGCCUUUGAUAUGCAGUUUGAAAUACCUGCUUCAGAAGACUGGGAUGAUGACCCCAAAGAUGAUGCGCUACCCUCAAGUCAGGCUACGAAACUACGAGGGGAUCACCAAGGAAACAAUGGCCUCCAGAAACAAGAACAACCUCAUAUUUCCUCUGGGGCUUCAACCUCGACAGCCUCACUUCCGAUCACCGGUCAGCCCGGCGUAAAUGUGAGGGAAACCAUGCUACAAAAUGCGUCACUUAGCCUCCAGGAGCAGCAUGCCACCAACAUCCUGCUGGAAACGGUUUCCCGCUCCCUGGAGCUUCUGUCUGAGUCAGUGCAGCAGCUAGCAGAGACGCAGCAGGAGUUUGUGCGAGAGUCCCUGCAACUCCAAAGAGAAACAGUCCAGGUGCUUAGAGACUUUACAGGGAGCACCAUCACUCUCAUGCAUGAUAAACUGAAUGGACGGCCUGCAUUAUAGCAUCAAGUUGCCAGAUGUAUCCCUGACUUUAUACAGUAUAUGGCCUUCAGCCUCUAAAACCUUCAAUUUCCUUUGGAUUUUACACUGGUUACUGUAUUUAUGACAAUACUCGACAGAUAUUCCAUUAUGGGUGGAUACAAUUUAUUGUUAGAAAUAACUCCUGUCUGAGGAGUUUAAUUGAACUGUUUGUUUUGCUACUGAGAGUGAUACUUCUGUCACUGCAUUGUAAAGUAUGUAUCACUUUUCUAAGGCUUUUGUUGUUUUAUUGCUGGUAUUCAAGAAUGCUCAUUGAAUUUGAGGUGUGUCAUAUUCAGCGCGUUCUGUCCAUAAGUGUUCCCCUGUGUCUGUGUAUAGAGUAUCACUUGUACUGUAACCUUGAGUAGUUUUCAGCACCUGACCAUUAUAUGGUCCAUAUAUCUUAAAGCUAUACUUUUUAAAUCCUAUCCUGCAUUAUAUAUUAGAAUAUCCAAAAAUGAAACAUUUUCUUUUAGGCGUUGAAUAAACUGUGUGUAAA